AAAAAAUCCAAACAAAACAAUAAAUUCUUAGUGCUAAGUAUUCCCAUCUAAUCAUGAAGUUCUUUCUCGAAGUUCUCUCUCUUUGAAGGGAUGCAAAGCUCUUCCUACUGAAAUGGGGAGCGAGAAUUACAAGCCUCUGGACUGUAUCACUGUGGCUGAUAUUGCGGCGUUGGGUAUAAAGCAAGAAAUAGCUAAUGAACUCCACAAUCAACUCGCCGGAAUUAUCCGAACUUGGGGCUCUGCAACUCCCCAAACGUGGCUUAACAUCAGCAAGCACCUUCUUAAUCCCGAUUUACCCUUUUCAUUCCAUCAGAUGAUGUACUAUGGUUGCUACAAAUACUUCGGAUCCGACCCUCCUGCUUGGAUGCCCGACCCUGCUGGAGCAAAAUUGACUAAUGUUGGACAGCUACUGGAGGAACGUGGUAAACAACUCCUUGGGACAAAAUAUGUAGAUCCUAUUUCAAGCUUCUCCGAUUUUCAGGAAUUUUCCGUAUCAAAUCCCGAGGUUUUUUGGAAAACAUUGUUUGAGGAAAUGAAGGUAUCCUUUUCUGUUCCCCCUGAACGCAUUUUGUGUGAGGAUCCUAGUCAUCCGGGGGGUAAGUGGCUUCCAGGUGUCACUAUCAAUCCAGCAAAAAACUGCUUGACUGGUGCUAAGAGGAAUCUCAUGGAUACUGCUGUAAUGUGGCGUGAUGAAGCAGAUGAUGAGUUGCUAGUAAACAAGAUGACCCUUAAAGAGCUUCGUACAACAGUGUGGCUUGUUUCUCAUGCAAUUGAAACUCUGGCGUUGGAAAAAGGCUCUGCAAUUGCCAUAGAUAUGCCCAUGAAUGUAACUUCCGUCGUUAUCUAUCUGGCCAUAGUACUUGCCGGUCACAUAGUUGUGUCUAUUGCUGAUAGUUUUGCCCCCGAAGAAAUAUCCACACGGCUCCAAAUAUCAAAAGCAAAAGCAAUUUUCACUCAGUCCAGUGAACAUGUAAAUGAACUUCAGGAUUUCAUCAUGCGUGGUGACAGAAAACUUCCGUUGUACAGUAGAAUUGUUGAAGCUCAAUCACCAAUGGCGAUUGUAAUUCCCACCGGUGGCCCCAGUUUCAGCAUGAAGUUACGUGAUAUUGACAUGUCUUGGCAGGAUUUUCUUGAGAGAGCAAAUGAUUCCAAAGAAAUUGAGUUUGUCGCUGUUGAACAAACAGCUGAGGCAUUCACAAAUAUUCUUUUCUCAUCAGGAACAACAGGGGAACCAAAGGCAAUCCCAUGGACUGCAUCUACACCUUUUAAAGCUGCUGCUGAUGGUUGGUGUCACAUGGACAUUCGCAAAGGUGAUGUAAUAUGUUGGCCAACAAAUCUUGGGUGGAUGAUGGGCCCUUGGCUUGUUUAUGCUUCAUUGUUAAAUGGUGCUUCAAUAGCUCUGUACAAUGGAUCUCCCCUUGGUUCUGGCUUUGCUAGGUUUGUUCAGGAUGCUAAAGUAACAAUGCUGGGCGUGAUCCCUUCUAUUGUAAGGGCGUGGAAAAGUGCAAACUCGACAGCUUCUUAUGAUUGGUCUGCCAUCCGUUGUUUGACCCAUCGUCUUUGGUUUUGGGUGUGGCUGGAGCUUACUGCCUGUAGUAGCUUCUCUGCUAUUUUCGCCCCCUUUUUCAAGGAAAUAUCAGAGAAGCCUUCUAUUGGAUGCUGCUUUGCAUCCACUGGUGAGGCUUCUAAUGUUGAUGAAUACCUAUGGCUAAUGGGGAGGGCUGGAUACAAGCCUGUUAUCGAGUAUUGUGGUGGCACUGAAAUUGGUGGUGGAUUUGUUACUGGUUCAUUAUUGCAAAAUCAAUCUCUAUCAGCCUUUAGCACACCUGCAGUGGGUUGCAGUCUGUUUAUUAUUGGGGAUGAUGGAUUUCCUAUUCCUCGAGACCAUCCUGGAAUUGGUGAACUAGCCCUUGGUCCACUCAUGUUUGGUGCUUCAAGCACUCUACUGAAUGCUGACCACUAUGACAUCUACUUCAAGCAAAUGCCAAUUUGGAAUGGAAAAGUACUUAGAAGACAUGGCGAUGUCUUUGAGCGCACAUCGCGAGGUUAUUACCGUGCGCAUGGCCGAGCUGAUGAUACUAUGAAUCUUGGGGGUAUAAAGGUAAGCUCGGUUGAGAUCGAGCGUGUGUGUAAUUCGGCAGUGGCUGGUGUUCUGGAGACUGCGGCAGUUGGGAUGUCGCCACCUGGCGGUGGGCCCCAGCGGUUAGUAGUUGCUGUUGUGUUCAAGGAUACUACUGACCAGCAGUCAUUGGACUUGAGUGAUCUGGUUGCAUCUUUCAAUUCAGCCCUUCAGAAAAAAUUAAAUCCUCUUUUCAAGGUGGCUGAUGUGGUUCCCCUUCCUCAUCUUCCAAGGACUGCCACAAAUAAAGUCAUGAGAAGGGUUUUGAGACAGCAGUUAUCUAAAAGUGAUCAUAAUUCGAAACUGUGACUUGUAUACAAGGUUUGACGAGAAUGUUUGAUAAUAAGAGUCAUCCUUACUUCACAAUACAUAUUAUGUGGAAAGGGAUCAGUACUAAAUCCUCUCUGAGGCCAACUAUUAUUUGUGAGGACGUGAAUCUUGAACAUUAUACAUUGUUUUUCUAUUUAACGUUUGAGAUCUGUAGAAUUUACUUGUUCAAGUGAAACACAUUGAAAUAUUUAUACUUGAUUCUCUAGUUUCAAUCAUGCACUCGGUAUCCAUACUCAUACGGAUACGUUUAUUCACAACUUGCUCCUUGUUGACGUGCAAAACACGUCGGAAAGGUUUCUGACGAAAAGUUAAGGGUGAUGUCCUCAAAUUAUUAUUUUGGAAUUGUAUUGCAUGUAAAAUAUAAC